AUGUCAGUUCCCAAUGACACGUCGAAUUUAAUUGGUACUUGUGAAUCAGGUGGAAGCUCUCAGUUAAACACUAAAGCACACAAGAAAAGAGAGCACGAUGAACAGCAACAAGAUAUCUAA